GUUACCUUCACCAAUUCAUUGCAUCUUUCACCUGCUUGCUUCACUCUCUGGUAUAGCCUUAUGGUACUGCCAUUAUCGCUGCACAUCACCAUUGCAUCUUCCAACCGACUCGACUUGACCGCCCCUCGAACCGAAUCGAAAUCGAACGCACCAUGUCCGCCCAAGCCGAAGGAACGGUGAAGAGCGUGCUCUCUGGCGACACGGUCGUUGUACGAAAUGCACGAGGUGCGGAGCGAACUCUCAGCUUGGCAUUCAUCAACGCGCCUCGCCUGCAGUCGGAUGAGAAGAGCAGUUUCGAAUCCCGCGAGUUUCUGCGAAAGCUGCUGGUGGGCAAAGUGGUCCGCUUCUCGACACUCUACUCAAUCCCGCAGAAGACUGGAGGCUCCUCUCGGGAGUACGCUAUCAUCAGCCUACAAGGUGGAGAGCAAUUGCCGGAUCUCGUGAUUCGCGAAGGUUGGGCAGCUCUGCGGGACGAUGCAGACCGCAAGGCUGAACUGCCUGGAGCCGCCGACUUGUUGCAGAAGCUGGAAGCACUAGAGGCACACGCGAAAGCAGAUGAGAAGGGAAUCUGGAACACAAAACAGCCGAGGGUAGAGUCCGCUCGUGACCUCCCUGACGCAAAGCAAUUCGCGGAGGACCACAAGGGCAAGGCAAUUGACGCUAUCGUGGAGAGAGUGCUGAGUGGAGACCGCUUGAUCUGCCGACUGCUGCUGUCGCCUACGCAGAACGUGCAAACCACUGUGCUCAUUGCUGGUCUGCGCUCCCCGACGACUGCUAGGACGAAUCCUUCAAACGGCCAGACGCAGCCAGCCGAGCCGUACGGAAACGAAGCACAAACAUUCGUGGAGACUAGGCUACUUCAACGUAAUGUGCAAGUACGAGUGCUUGGUGUUUCUCCCAACAACUUGCUUGUGGGAGAAGUGCGGCAUCCCAAUGGCAACAUUGCCGAAUUUUUGCUCAAGGCAGGUCUGGCACGUUGUGUGGACCACCAUUCGACAUGGCUUGGUGCGGAGAUGGGCAAGCUGCGAGAGGCAGAGCGUGUUGCAAAAGAGCAGCGGGCGGGUCAAUUCCAGGGUACCACCACCACGAAAAAGGCUGGCAGCGAACAAGAAGCCGUAGUCAGCAGAGUGUUUUCUGCCGACACGCUCUACAUUCGCGACAAGGAUGGCCACGAGAAGCGCAUCAACUUGAGCUCUAUUCGCCAGCCAAAGCCAUCCGAUCCGAAGCAGUCGCCUUUCCAAGCAGAAGCAAAAGAGUUCUUGCGGAAGAAGCUCAUUGGAAAGCACGUGAAGGUUGUCAUUGAUGGUAAGCGGCCGGGAACGGACGGUUACGACGAGCGCGAGAUGGGCACUGUGACACAAGGGGGCAAGAAUGUCGCUCUUUUGCUUGCAGAAGCUGGCUAUGCUUCCGUGGUCCGCCACCGUAUGGAUGAUGCUGACCGCAGUCCCAUCUACGAUGAGCUACUGGCUGCUGAGGAGGCCGCACAGGCCGAGAAGAAGGGCAUGUGGGCAGCAAAGCCACAGAAGCAAGUUCAAUACGUCGACUAUAGCGAAUCCCUCGAGAAAGCCAAACGUCAAUUGACGAUGCUGUCCAACAAAAAGAAGGUGCCUUGCGUUGUGGACUUCGUCAAAUCCGGCAGCAGAUUCACAGUCCUUGUGCCGCGCGAGAACGCGAAGCUUACGUUUGUCCUGGGUGGUAUUCGCGCACCACGAAGCGCGCGCGGACCUCAAGAUACCGGUGAACCUUUCGGCCAGGAGGCUCACGACUUUGCUGUGAAGCGUUGCAUGCAGCGUGAUGCCGAGAUCGAUGUGCACGAUACCGACAAGCAGGGUGGCUUCAUCGGCGACAUCUACAUCAAUCGAGAGAGCUUCGCAAAGACCCUCGUGGAGGCCGGCCUCGCGUCUGUACAUCAUUAUAGUGCAGAGAAGUCCGGAAACGCGAACGAGCUGCUUGCAGCUGAGAAGAAAGCGAAGGAGGCGCGGCGAGGACUGUGGCACGACUGGGACCCUUCGCAGGAAGCUGCCGAGGACGGUGACGACUACGUGGAAACGAACGGAGGCGCCAAUGGAGCUAGCAACGGAGAUGCACCCAUCCCAAAACGUAUGGUGGACUACAAGGACGUCAACGUCACCUACAUCGAUCCCGCAACCGGACGUCUGAAGGUCCAGAUCAAAGGUGAUGGACAAGUGAACCUCCAGUCCCUGAUGAACGAGUUCAAGUCAUUCCACAUCUCACCGAGUAACAGCCAAGCCCUCAAGGAUCCACCACGUGCUGGCGAUAUCGUGUCCGCAAAGUUCACUGAAGAUGGUGUCUGGUAUCGCGCUCGCGUGCGACGCAAUGACCGCGAGAAGAAGACCUCUGAAGUCGUCUACAUUGACUACGGCAACUCCGAGCACCAACCCUGGUCCGCUCUUCGACCGCUUGACCAAGCCAAGUUCGGUCCUCAACGCCUGAAGGGACAAGCAUUGGAUGCCGCUCUCACAUGUGUGCAAUUCAACAACUCGCCCGAGUAUCUCAAGGAGAGCGUCUACUGGCUCGAAGACUACACUAUUGGCCGCGACCUUGUAGCCAAUAUCGACUUCAACGACACCAAGGAGAAUGUGAUGUAUGUCACUCUUAUGGGCACCCAAUCGAAGAAUCCGCUGGACACGAUCAAUGCGGAUAUUGUAAGCGCGGGCUUGGCCAUGGUUCCUCGAAAGUUGAGACCUUUCGAGAGGGCUGCACCGGACCAUUUGGCUGAUAUGAAGAAGCGCGAGGCUGUGGCCAAGGAUCAAAAGCUAGGUAUCUGGGAGUAUGGUGAUCUCACUGAGGAUUAGGAUGUUCAGUACUAUCCUCGAGUUGGAACCACAAAAGCUUGUGUAGAUGCAAAUUAGAAAAGCUAUGCCUGUAUAAAAGCGGCAAAGGGUCCCAUGUUGGCAGGCCAUUCCUCUCUCUCCCUCUCUCUCUGACUCUAUUAUUCGAGGUCCGUCUGAACACCUAUCUGGUUUUUGACACCGUGUUGACACACUUGACUACCUAUGCUGAGUCCAUUUUGGGGGACAUGCUGAUACCUCAGUGAGUAUAAAUAGUGUGUAGGGGGACCAGGAAGACCUCGGAAGUUUGUCAGCGGGCGUAUCACCAGUUCACCACCAAUUCCACAAUCACCACCACCGUCCAGCCAAUCCCCACUCGAACCUCCGACUCCAAUCCCAAAGUUUCGCCUUCAGAGAAGAUUCAAUGAUCUUUCAGUAUGCUCAACUAGGAACCGACACCAUCCGCUUGAUCCGCUUCCACCCUCGCAGUACCACAUCUGACCUGCACGUCACACUAGCGCACCAAGCCGGCUAUUCUGCUCAGGAUGUUCAUUACUCCGUUCUCUCCCACGAGCCUAUCUCGAGGCCAAGUGAGGAACAACAGAAGGCGAUCACGUUGAAUGGUCGAACAAGAAUGCUUGACGCGAAUGCCUGGUGCGCUCUCCACGCGGUAUGGAAAGACCACCAAGACCACCGACAACAAGAGGAUCAGCGGUUCUGGUUCGAAGCUCUCUGUGUCAAUCAUAAUGAUCUGUUUGAAGUCGA